GCGGCACAGAGUUUUUGUGGCCUCACCGCCAGAAAACAACAGCGUCCUCAAAAAUGAUUCAUGUCACGGCUUACUGUCCGCAGCAAGCGUUUGGUUGUUUAAGAUGUUCAACCAUAAAUUAUGAAAUUAUAAAACAUUCUGGGUUUUACAAUCGGAAAUUUUUGCAAUUACAAGUUAUAGAAAGUACAAGUUUAUAGAAGUGUAUAUGUUCUAGGUUGUAAAUAUUUGUAUAUGCUUUGAGUUUAACACAUAUAUGGAUAUAGGAUCUGCAUGAAAAUAAAUUAAACGUAAAAAAAAUCUGCUUUUGGUUUUUUAGACCACAGUUUUGCUUAAGAAUAAAAACUCUGUAAUUUAGAGAAUUAUGAUACUUGGUUACCAGAAUAAACAGUUCAACAACAACAUAACAUUAAAUUGUACCAAUCAUUGUUGUUUGACCCACACUGAAUCAAGAAGCUUUUGAUAUCAAAAUAAAAGAUUACAGGGUACAUACGAUCUCUUUCUCUGCUGAUUCUUUGAAAAACAAGCAAAGGUCAUUUUUUGAUUGGGCAGGUCCCAUAAGGACAUUUAGCGUCUGACACAGGCUUUUCUCAGAUGCUCUGGUUAAAGUUCCCAGUUGUUUCUUUUGCCACACUGCCUAAAUAAACAUCUCACUGAGACCAUUUAAGUGGUCUGCUCUGAGCCUAUAGACCCACAUCAAAUACACUCAUACACUGGCCUUCACUGUAAACCUGUGCUUAGAAAGCCGACUUCCAGGAAUUUUAGAAAUCAUUUUAACUUACAAACCACACGGGAAUGUCUUUCUUAACCAUCAUAAUCAAAAUGUCAUUAUGAAGACACCAGUUCAUACCAGAGAGAAUACUUUUCUGUAGGCAGAUAUGUCAUGCAUUGACGCUAAAAGCAGUGUUUGAACAACUUUCAAUCAGAACAGAAAAAAAUUAAUUCACAUUAAAUAACAUUACUAUUUGUCCUUGUGUGCAUCACUACAGAGAAUGGCAGGGAAAGAGAGUCUGUAACAGUAUUUAGCUGAAUAUUUGGAAUAUUCUUUACAAAAAAAAAGACCAAAAAGUAUAAAAGCUAAAAUGUUGUCAAAUAACAACUUAUUUAUAUAAUAAUUAAUCCUAGGGUCUUUUCCAUGAAAUAUUGAACAUCACAUGACACCUCAAGGGCUCCAUCCUGUCAGGUUGUCAUGGGAACCGUGUUUCCCUCCCCACUCGGCCUUGUCGUCCCUCAGGAGAACACUAUGCAACUCUGAUUCCCCUGAUGCACGGCUGAAAAACAGAGCCAAUCUCUUAGCAUAUGUCAGAUAAUAUCCAAGUGAGAAGCUUCCUCCUGCUGUAGCAGACUCCUGUGACCUGUCUUGAAACAAACUGAAGUGGAACGCAUUUAGAAGCUGAGAGAGGGAAUAAACAUGUCUCAUUUAGAUUAAUGAGAGGCUGUGUGCUGGGCAAACAAAUGUUCAGAUCGGGCUAAUUGAGGAGUGGCCCUGCUUGGCAGAUGAACAAUAUCAUUUUACCAAAGUGGUGCAUUUUUCCCCCAGCUGCUUUAGGAUAUAGAAACUCCCACACGUUUAAUUAUGUAAAUGCAUGGGUUGCAAAUAUAUGCAGCCGAGGAAACACCGUGGAAUAGAUCCUAUCGCUCUCAAUCCUAUUAACUGUCAUAAUGACAGAGUUCUAGGUCUAAUAUUUGUGACAUAUUUGUCUGAUAUUUUUUUCUGACAUGUAGACUCUCCUGCCCUUCAGUUACCCCUGAGCUCCCUCCAUUCCUCAUCACCUGACGAAGCCCGCCCACCUGCCCACCUGUUCCCACAUCCUCAUCAGCUCAGCAGCUUAUAUAACGCUCCAAUAACCCCCUGCCUCCUUUUCAUGAUAUAUAUAUAUAUAUAUAUAUAUAUACAUACACUUUUUCUACUGAGCCUUUAAACAACUGCAACUGCUCUGCAAUACAUGCAUAUGUUGUGUUUCCUUUUUAUUCCUCAUUCAUUUCUUGUGCAUUUGAAUUAUCUUCUUAUUGAAGGCUGAGUAUUUUACAGAGUAAGUACAAUGUAUGUUGUGUGUGCAUGUUCAGUCUGUGUUUUAGUCCUUGGUUCACCUGCAGGAGGAGCUGUGGCUCGCUGCAGCCUCUCUGAAGCAGAAGAGACAGAUCCCUCUUUUUCUCCUUCAGUGGCAUGAAUAAUAUCAUCCCCGUGCUGGAGAGAGAGCAUAUCAAGAGGCAAACGGGGAAAGGGAGAGAGAGAUAGCAGCCAGUGUGACAGAUAAGAGCGUGGCACAACUCUCCCUGACUAGCACUGUGGGCCAGGGAAAGAUAGAGAGCAAGUGCACCAGAGUGUCAGGCAAGGCUGCAGCCUGCACACACACAAACACACUCACACAGACCCCAAAGCCUUGCUGCAACAGAAGAAGUUCAGAGGGAAGAUUGACUCCAGGAAGGUGACAGAAGUUUCCUCCUUGGAUUACCUCAUAUGUUAUGGAUUUCCUCACACUGCCCCUUCUUGUCCUGUAGAGAAGUUGUUUGUCUCCCCCCUCUAGACAAACUUGCCUUGUGUUUACAGCCUGAGGGAGGAUGGAGGAGCUGUCAGGGAAAGACAAGGAGCUGAUACGAGGAAGCUGGGAGAGCCUGGGCAAGAAUAAAGUUCCUCAUGGUGUCAUCAUGUUUUCCAGACUGUUUGAGCUGGACCCUGCGCUCCUCACUCUUUUCAACUACAAUACAAACUGUGGCUCCACACAAGACUGCCUCUCCAGCCCUCAGUUCCUGGAACAUGUCACCAAGGUGAUGCUUGUGAUCGAUGCAGCAGUCAGCCACCUGGACGACCUUCACUCCUUGGAGGACUUUCUGCUCAACCUUGGGAGGAAGCAUCAGGCGGUUGGAGUCAACACACAGUCAUUCGCUGUGGUGGGUGAGUCCCUCCUCUACAUGCUGCAGUGCAGUCUGGGUCAGGCCUACACAGCACCACUGCGUCAAGCCUGGCUCAACAUGUACAGCAUUGUGGUAGCAGCCAUGAGCCGAGGCUGGGCCAAGAACGGGGAAGACAAGGCGGACUGAGGCACACGGCAGGUGCUGCUGAGCAGUUGCUGUCAAAUCACUCGACAUGGUUGCCAUGGAAUAAGGCUGUGUAACUUACAGCAUUGUGGCUUUGGCUGCUGUACAUUUGCUCUGUGAGUGGGGUCGCAUAGCGUAGCAAAUGUUUGGUGUGGUGACUAUUGGAGCAACCAAUCACAGAGUUUAUUUUCUUUGCUGUGGAUGUUUAGCUGCCAGGCAAUGCUGCUGUUAAGCUGUGAGGACCCGAGCCAGCCUGCUUCACUUCCUCCAAGUUUCGGACCUGAAGUCUGAGCGCCUCUCUAUGAGAUAAAGGAUAACUGUUAAGUCUCUAUGUAUAUAAUGAGUUGAUAUAUCUACUCAAAUUAUAACAGUGACUGUAGUGGUCUUUGUGAUGUAUCUUAAAACAGGUGAUAGAUCAUAUAUUUAGGCAUCACACACUACUCAGACUGUUGUGUUACUGUGGCCAGCAUGGGCAGCUCUCUUUCUAACUGGAACACAGUGAUACUUUACAAAACAUCUUCAAAGUGUUAGGACAUAUGGAAUAUACAGAAGAAAAUCCUAUCCAACUUAAACUAUUACUGUGCUUUCUAUUAUUAUUAUUAUUAUUAUUAUUAUUAUAACAUAUCCAUACUCCUUUUUUUUAGUGUGUAAGACUUUAUCUAACAGUAACCCAUUGAUAAGCAAAUUAAAACAUCUUUAUAUACUGACAAGAACUGUUAUACUCUGAUAGCUUUCUUUGGAGAACAAUGACUGUUAAGGCGUGCAAGUUCACCUCACUCAACUCAGUGUGUGAUGUUCACUUUAGUAAAGGCUGUGAGUAUUCCCAUAGGCUUCAGCUGACUGUUAGACUCUUAAUAAUAGACUGUUAUGCGACCUUUAUAACGUUUUAAAGUAAAGGGCAUUUUAGAGGCAGUAUACAAUCUUUGUUCUGGACCUAUCCGUCUCCAGUCAUUGUUAUUGAAGUAGUAGAUUUGUUGUACUGUACUCGCUUCUCUCAGUAUUGCUAAUCAUCCGUGUUAUUGUGGCUACAAACAUACUAUAGCUUUAGCUUUGGAGGUGAAGAUGAGCAGGUUAGUGUUAGUUAUUUGUUUUUCCUCCCACACAUAGUAUCCUCGUUAACAUAAAGAAAAUGUGAACAUUUGUUUUUGAUUAUAAAACAAAGACAAACUGAAUUUAUGAACAAAGAUUAUUUCUGCCAUUCUGCCAUGUGUAUCAUCCGCAGCUCUUAUUUACAUUCAUAGUCAUAAUGCCAAGUAACUUAGCAACAGGGUGCCAGUUAUAGAGAAUAACAGCAUACAGUACAACUGUUAAUCCAAGUCUGCGUUUACUUGGACAAAGUUUAUUUUUAUAUAGUAUGAAAUAUUUGUGUAGUUAAGAGCGUUGACUUUUUUAAUGUGAGUACAUCAUCCAGAUGUUUUAAUUUGUUGACCCUGCUUUGUUUACCCUUAUUCAUGUGCAAUUGUUAGAGGACAUUUAAAAAAAAAGCUGAGUUUUAUUGAGCAUUUCUACCCCUGCAGAUGAUGUUAACUCUCCAGUCUGCAGGUAUAAUGUUUAUUAACUCACUGUGUAGGUGGUGUAUUUAUAGCGAUUCAGUACUCAGCCCAAUGCAGGUUGUCGUUCUGUCGUUUCUCUGUUGUUGUUUUUUUUUAUAACCUGACAUUGCAGACAUGACUGACAUCUGGCAUGUUAUCUUUUUAACACCCAGCUCUGUACAUAUUGCCUGUGUCACUGUCUACCUCAUCAUUAUCAGCUGCUACUAUACAACGAUGACUUCACCCAGUUAUCCUUCAACCAAAAACGCACAAUAUUGUUAUGAUUAUUUAAAGUGUAAAUGCAAUUACUCACUCUUUGUAAGCUGAAUUCCAUCCUACACUUAAAAAAAAAAACAUGUUGUGUGCUUACUUGAGACUAAAUAAAGUGAUAUGUGGAUAUUUUACUGCUAAACAAGGUCAGUGUGUUUU